GCAGUCUGCGCCUCGGCUACCGUGGUGUUCUAUUUGCUGGCUGCACGGGAAAUUAAAAGUAGCAGCCAGGUAGUAGAGCCCUUCGUGUUCCGCAUAUCCUCGUUCUGCUAUAAUGUUGCGUUCGUCCCUGCAGACCAAGGUCUAAUCUGACCAUCUUCCUCUCGUCUUUGCUUUUCCCCUUCUAUACCUGCUACGAUUAUUAGUAAAUAUACAACCGAGAGAACCUUCCUCCCCCUUUCUCCGACACCCUCACCCAGAUAUCCCGCACCUACGACCCGACACCAACUCGAAGUGGUUGCCGGGACCCCUUACAGCAAACAACCCCAAGGUUCCUCCUCAUCUCUUCGCACUUGCGCCGUGCUGCCACCCUCCAAGCUGCCAACUGCGGCCUGCCACCUCACCCACACGCCAUUCUACCGACUACCGCUGCAAGAUCCGGUAGUGCUCGCAGGCUAGUCCGGAUCCUGCCAGCUUUUUCCUCAGAGUGUCCUACCCCAACGUGCCUGCAUGCCAGCAUCCCCCAACGGGCCAUCUUGCAAGCCCUCACAUCCAUCCUGACGGUCCAACUAUCAGGUCCGGUCUGGGCCCCCAGGCCUCCCGGCCAUCGCCACCAAGCGCUGCCGAUCUGAUUGCGACCCCCCCCCCCCCGACCGGAUAUCACAUCCGCGCCUUGUAUUCCUGGUAUUUCGAACCAGGGGGCUGGGAUCACUGACGAGUUUCACCGCUAAUUCCGUCCCUUUCCCCAAGCCAACGUCACCCUCCCUAAGCUUUACCCCAUAUCUUGCGCCCCCCACUGAUUCACGCCUUUCUCCAUCCGUGUUUUCCCCGGCAAGGAAUAUUGGCGCUUCUGCACACACACACAUCGACAUCAACGAAAUUCCAUACUCCACUACUACUUGCGCUCGACGAGGACUUCUUCUUCGCGGCACUGGAAAGGUUAUUAGCCACCAGAUUCUUUUCGUUAGCCAGUGGUCCCCCACCUCGACGCCAUGUGGGCAUAUGACGACGGUCGAGGCCGUCGAACGAGGGAUAUACCCAGUUCGCGACCUGCAAAUUACUACGACGACGCCUAUGAACGUGCACCACCGCGCUCUUCACGCCACGCAUACCCAGAGCCCCAGCCAAAACACUCCUCGAACGAUCGCCACCGCCGCAAGUCUGCCAUGGUGGACCCUGAAGGACCAAGGCCCCGCCGCAACACACACGGCGGAGUGAACGUCGUUGCAUCGGACGACGGAUCGGGAUACCCCUACGGAGGAGAUGGCGCGCGGGAUGUCUACGGGUCGUCAUAUCCAGGGAAGAAAUCUCGACACGAUGUGGAACACAAGACAGGCGACAGGGAUCGGCGCUUCCGAGAGAAGAGGGGCACGUGGGAGACGGACGAGGCGGAGAACCUGAGGAGGGCAAAGAGCUACAGCCCGCGGAGGGCAGCAAGAGAGGCCGAGGCCCCGCGGCGCGUGUCGCCCCAGGCCCCCAAGACGACCUGGCCUGAGGACGACUACGCGGCACAAGCUGGUGCCGGCUCCCACCACCGGUCGUCCAAGAAGCACGGCAGCAAGGCACCGCAGUACUACGAGGACGACCCCUACGCCAGCUACUACGCGAGCCAGGCACCGCCGCGCAGCAAGAAGCCCGACCGCGAGGCCCCUUCGGCGUACGACUACGGGGCGCCGAGCGCAGACGACAUGCCCCGUCCCCCGAUGGGCGAGCACGCACCGUACAAAUCCUCGCCCCUGAGCUCGUACCCCGAGGCAGGCGAGAAACAGCCCAGCAAGCACCACCGCAAGCAGCGGGACAAGGACUACUACGGGACCGGGUACGACGACUACACGGCGGCGCCGCCCAAGGCAGGCACCAGCUACGACCGCGCGGGCUACGGCGCCGCAGCAGCAGCAGCAGAAGAAGAAGCACCGCCCCGCCGCUCCCGGCACGGCAAGCACCACGACGACAGGGCCGCCCCCGCCGGCAUGGACGACUACGGCCAGCCGGCGCAGCCCCAAGCCCGAGGCCGCCAUCGCAAUGGCGACUACGGCGACGCAGACCCCUACUCCAGCGGUUACGACCGCGCACCCCCUUCCUCGCGGCCCCGCCACCGCCAGUCGAUGCCGCCGCAGCCGCGCGCGGCGUACCCCGGCGCCGCCGACGAUCCCUACGACGCCGACCCCUACGGGCAGGCGGCGCCGCGCAGGCGGGCCACGUCGGUGAACUACGGGCGGCAGGGGCAGCGGGACCGGUACGGGUACGGAGGGGGAGGAGGAGGAGGGGGAGGAGGGGACCCGUAUUACGACGAUGGGUACGGGGGCAGGGGCGGCGGGAGUCCGUCUGGGAGCGGGGGCAGCGGGGGCGCUGCAGCGGUUGGUGCUGGUGGCAAGAAGGGCAACAAGAAGAGCAAGGCUUAUGCGCAGCAGGCGGGCAAGCUGUUCAUGACGCAUGCCGUGCCGGUCAUCAAGAAGGAGGCUGUGCCUUUCUUGACUAAGGCUGCGCAGGCUUAUUUCGAGCAGCAGAAGAGGUGAUGGUGAUGGUGAUGGUGAUGGAUUCUGUGAAUGAGUGAAUGACCGUGAAGUUGACGGAAUGAGGUUUAUGGUGUCAUGGGAUGGUCUAGAAUGCUGAAGACUAGAGGUGUGUUAUGGACAUGAUUUAUGUACAGGGUUGGGCUACAGAUAUGGUGGAGUUACUUUACAGGCGGAAGAGGUCGCCACCUCUUUUGAGCCAUAUCUAGGCUCGACAUGAACUGGCAGGAUGGUUUUAUGGGUAUUUAUGAGGUGAAUUGGAAUGGCGGAGUGUCUAUGGGCGUGAUGGAACUGUGGAAUCGGACAUCAUUGACGAGAUCUACGUGUUAUGGAUGUCAACCUUACUCACUCGAGUGUCAGGGCAAUACCUGGGUUCUUGUAGAAUAGCAAAUUACAACCACUUUCGAAAACA